AUGGAGGGCGUGCAAACCCAUAUGAUCAGAGAGAAGACUCUCCAUCGCAAUCACAAGGGAGAUACGAUCCCCCGUCCAAUUAUGGAGGCCAACAACAACAACAACAACAAUACGGAGGCCAGCAGCCGUAUGGAGGCCAACAACAAUAUGGGGGGCAACAGCAGUCAGAAUGUCGAACUCGAACCCCUCACAAACAAUGCCGCUCAGGCUGGAAGUAAGGGCUAUCCAAGAGCAGUCUUGGACCAAUGCACGGCAAUAAGGUCCGCAGCAGACGCUAUUGAGAUGCAGAAGCUGCCCGAAUUGAGAAGCUUGCAACAGGCAUGCCUCAAUAGUGCUGAUCCUGGCGCUGCAUCUGCAAGGCUGGAUCAGGAGAGCGCUAAAAUAAUGGAAGAAUAUCACUCCUUGGUCGGCGAAAUUAGAAUCCUUAAGUCGGAUCCUAAAAACCAGGAGCAAAGGGGCCCGACAUACGCCCAGGUGCAGGCGGUGGACACCAAGUUAAAGACUUCGAUGACUGCGUACAGAACGCUAGAUGUUGGGUUUCAAAAGAAAUUGAAAGAUCAGCUUGCCCGUCAAUAUCGCAUUGUGCGACCCGAGGCAUCUGAGGAAGAGGUCAGACGUGCGGUAGAUAGUCCGGAUGGGGGCCAAGUCUUUUCUCAAGCCUUGAUGCAGAGUGACCGGCGAGGCCAAAGCCAAUCGGCUCUGAGCGCUGUCCGGAGCCGUCAUGCAGAAAUCCAGAAGAUCGAUUCGCAGAUGGCUGAACUGGCGCAGUUGUUCAAUGAAAUGAACGAGCUGGUCGUACAACAAGAAGCAGCUGUUACGAAUAUCGAGAUGAAGGGCGAGGAGGUUGUGGAGCACAUGGAUAAGGGAAAUGCAGAAAUUGGCACGGCGAUCAAGAGCGCUCAAAAGGCGCGAAAGUGGAAGUGGUGGUGCUUGGGCAUUACUAUCCUCAUCAUCGUCAUCAUUGUCAUCGUCGUCCUCAUCUAUAAAUUCGUCAUCUCCGCCCCCGCCGCUGCUGCCCCAAAAACCAAACGUUUCGUCCUCCCUGCUACGGAGCACCGCGUUGUCUCCGGCCAACCCUGGUCUCCUCCUGUCAAAGAGCGCUAUGUGGUUCCGGGUCUUGAAUGGUCUACCAACGACAAGCCUGUUGUUCCAGGAAAGGGAUGGACUCCCGAGAAGAGGAUCGUUGUCCCAGGCAAGGAAUGGACCCCGGAGACGAGACAAGAGCGGAGUUUCCAAGCAUAA